AUGGUGGUGCGUGAUGAGAAGGGGCAGUUUGUGGCUGCUGCUGUGGUGCACAUUCCGCAGGCUUUAGUGGUUGGUGACACUGAGGCUUAUGCGGCAAGAGAGGCUACCCUGGUUAAAGACCAUAGUGGGUUUAGUUUUAUGUUCACGCGGCAUCAAGCUAACGAAGUGGCUCAUAGACUUGCUAGGUGUGCUCUUUCUUGUAAGUCUACAAUUGAGUAG